GACGCACGAAGUCUACAGAUAGGCUGGGUAUAGAAAAUGCCGCAGGACAUGUCCACACACGCGUAUAUGUAAGACAGAAUAUUCUAUAAAGGAAAGCAGGUUCUAAAACCUGUCUGAGAUAAAAGGCCCGAGGUUUCAGACCACCCAGUCAGUACAGGAAUUUCCGCAUGACAUGUGAUGCGCCGACGGGGAUAGACUGAGUGAAUAUGGCGGCUUUGCGGGGACUGUACAGAACCGGGCUCGGUGCGCUCUGCCGAAGAAAAGGCUACCAGGGCUUCGGAGUCACUCACUAUCGGCCUUUCAGAGUUAAUGGAGCCCUUCAUCAGCAGCCGUUUGACUCUCUGGAGGAGAAGCCGCAGUUUCCCGGAGCUUCGGCCGAGUUCGUCGAUCGCCUGGAGUUCAUUCAGCCCAAUGUGAUCUCUGGCAUCCCCGUGUACAGGGUGAUGGACAGACAGGGUCAGAUUAUCAACCAGGCCGAGGACCCCAAGCUCUCGAAAGAGAUGGUGCUGAACUGCUAUAAAAAGAUGACGCUCCUGAACACGAUGGACCGCAUUCUGUAUGAGUCUCAGCGGCAGGGCCGCAUCUCGUUCUACAUGACAAACUACGGUGAAGAGGGCACUCACGUCGGCAGCGCCGCAGCUCUCGAGCCUAACGACAUCAUCUUUGGCCAGUACAGAGAAGCAGGUGUGCUGAUGUACCGUGGCUUCCCCCUGGACCUGUUCAUGGCGCAGUGUUAUGCCAACGCUGACGAUCUGGGCAAAGGCCGCCAGAUGCCUGUGCAUUAUGGCAGCAAAGACCUCAACUUUGUCACCAUCUCGUCUCCUCUGGCCACCCAGAUCCCCCAAGCGGCGGGGGCAGCCUACGCUGUGAAGAGAGAGAACUCCAACCGUGUCGUCAUCUGCUUCUUUGGGGAGGGGGCGGCCAGUGAGGGAGAUGCCCAUGCAGGCUUCAACUUCUCCGCAACCUUGGAGUGUCCCAUCAUCUUCUUCUGCCGCAACAAUGGCUAUGCCAUCUCCACCCCCACCAAUGAGCAGUACCGGGGCGACGGCAUUGCUGCCCGGGGCCCAGGGUACGGCAUGAUGUCCAUCCGUGUCGAUGGCAAUGACGUGUUUGCCGUGUACAACGCCACUAAGGAGGCUCGCCGCAGGGCCAUCGCAGAGAACCAGCCCUUCCUCAUCGAAGCCAUGACUUACAGGAUCGGCCAUCACAGCACCAGUGACGACAGCUCAGCCUACCGAUCGGUAGACGAAGUCAACUACUGGGACAAGCAGGACCACCCCAUUUCACGGCUGCGCCACUACAUGACGGCGCGCGGCUGGUGGGGUGAGGAGGAGGAGAAGACCUGGAGGAAGCAGUCGCGCAAGCAUGUCAUGGAGGCCUUCGAGAGGGCCGAGAAGCGACACAAGCCGCGCCUGGACCUCCUGUUCUCUGACGUAUACCAGGAGAUGACCCCCAACAUAGAGAAGCAGAAGGAGGCCAUGUGGAACCACCUAAAGCAUUACAAAGAGCAGUACCCUCUAGACCUCUACGAUAAGUAACUCAUGGGUGAUGUGAGGCCAGAUGAGGGUCACAUGGAUGAAGGGAAGGGUAUAGAAAUGGUACACGUUACAAGAAUGUUACAAGAAAUCAAGGUUACUUAUAGCACUAAUAUUUAUAAACAUAUGGAAUAUUUUUAUAUGUGUAUGCAUAGGGAGUGUUGAAAAUAUUCUUAUCUGCUAAAGUGAAGGCUUCUGUCACUCACUGCUUAAUAAUGCCUAGUUGCUUCCUCUUAACAUUUAGUUUUGAGCUGGUAGCUAAACUAGGGUCUGUAGCAGUCACUGGUUGCUCAGUACAAAUGUAUUUAUAUGCUGUGUUAUGGUUUUGAUCCUCAUUUGAAAUAUCCGAUUUUAAUGUGACAUUAGAUGGCGCACAACACCUAUGAUCGGGGAAAGUAAAAUUAAAUUUCAAAUAUAUAUUUAAUCAUAAAAACAUUUUACUGAUGGAGCACUGUUGCUCCAUAUGCACAUUCCUAAUGGUAGCACAUGAUUUUUGAGCAUGCUGUUACAGUAAUGUAGCUGGAAACUGUGAAUUUAUCCAGGAAGUGGAUGUUACUAGUAGCUGUUGUUUUAUACGUUACAUAAUACUGUAGCACAUCCAAACACGAGUCAGAUAUGGAAGGCAAAGCUUUUCCCCACAUUAUAUUGAAAUCAAGGCUUUUGUUUUUAUUUAUUUUAAGGUUUGUAUAGACAUAAGUGUUACCAAUCAGUAGAAGAAUAUAUUUAGAAUUUGAAUAUUCAAUUGUUGUGUGCGUUGUAACUGGGUUUGAUCAGAACUGAAUAAGACACUGAUUUAAGUUUGUGUAAAAUCUGUAAGUUAAAUGCCAUGCUAAAAAUGCCACUAACUCAUAUUGAGAUUAUUUUGGGGAGGCUGUCACAUUCGUGUUUAAUAAAAGUGGUUACGGCA